UUUCACUGCAACAUUCAAAACUCAUUAUUUUGCUUCUCUAUUUGUUUAAACACACCUGGAAUCAAUGUGUGGCCCACGGCAUUUCAUUGACCUGAAGGUUAACCUUCCUCUGAUGAAUGCUGUUUUAAUCCUAGUUGCAUUUCCAUACACGUAAAUAGUGGUUAAAAUGAGCCAGCUGCAGUCCGAUUCAAACCAAAUAAAUUUUGCCAUUGGUGAUGUAGUAUAUGUUGGUACUGACACCCAGAGGAUUGGGAAAAUCGAGUUCAUUGGUGAAACUCAGUUUGCCGCUGGUGAGUGGAUUGGUGUCAGUCUGUUCUCUCCGCUGGGAAAAAAUGACGGCAGCGUUGAUGGUGUGGUUUAUUUCAAGUGUGAACCCUCUCAUGGUAUUUUUUCGAAGCGUGGUAAUAUCCGACAUGCAUCAAACACUGAUGUGUUAGAGUCUGCGAAAAUGGAAACAACAAUCAAUAAUGACGAUAGAUUGUCAAUUAGUUUGUCGAAGCAGGAUAGUACUGCCGAUGUCGGUAGUGUUUGUUCAUCUCGACAUUCAGCAGUAAAUUCUCAUAUAGUCCCGCCUGGACAAUGUGGCCUCCAAAUUGGUGAUCUUGUCCAAGUUUCUGGAGGUCGUGUCGGUAUCUUAAGGUAUUUAGGACCAACAGAAUUCGCUGUUGGUGAAUGGGCUGGAGUUGAGUUAGAUGAACCUACCGGAAAAAAUGAUGGUUCAGUCGCCGGUGUACGAUAUUUCACUUGUAAACCAAAUUAUGGAUUAUUUGCCGCUGCUAAUCGUGUUGUACGGGCUGGUACUAGUAAGGAUGAAAGUCGUACUUCUGGUUUCAAUGUUUCAAAAAAUGGUCAAACGCGUCGAAGUCAAGAAUCUUUGUUAUCCUAUUCAUCGAAUUUAAGUUCAGUAUCACGAUCCUAUCGUACACAGCCUGGUAACAAUGGACUUCAGGGUCGUAAUAGCCUAAGUGGAAAUCGAAAAUCUAUGACCUCGAUGAAUGGUGCCAAUCGUAGAGAAAACGCCUCAAACUUACUAACACUCCAACGUUUAAUCAAAGAAAAGGAAGCACAUAUUGAACAACUUUUACAAGAACGUGAAAUUGAACGUUCCGAUUUAGCUAAGGUUACGCUGGAAAAGGAAAUGGCUCAAGCAGAGACAGUGAAUCAACGGGCUGUUAUUCAACAACUGAAUCAACAGUUAGAGAAUAUGGAAGCUGUUUUGCAGCAUUUACGCGAUGAGCAUGAACAGGCAACAAUUAAAUUACAUGAAGAAAGAAAAAAUCUAGAAGAUUUACAAUUUCGAAUGGAAGAAGAGAAUAUUGACAAGACGACUUUAGAGUCACAGAAUGCUGAUGAUGAAUCGAAAAUCUUUGAAUUAGAAGAAGCUUUAAUGUCAGCUCGUGAAGCAAAUGAACGAAUGGAAACAGAGUUGAAUAAAGUUCGAACAGAAUUAAAUAACCUGUUACAGAAACAGUCACCGGAAACUUUAGCUCUACUUAAUGAAGGUAUAUCACAAAAGCAGGAUAAAUCUCUUCAACGUUCUGAAGUUGUAUCGGAAGUGUCUAUUCCACCAAAUGAAAAAGAUGAACAAACUUUAAAAGAAGAAUGUGAACGCCUACGUGUACUGUUAGCUGAACGUCAAACUGAGGCAGAGGAUUUGUUGAAAAGACAAUCUGAAACAAUUCAAUCACUGACUAGUGAAUUUAAUGAACAGAUUAAAAAGUUGAAUAGUGAAUUAGAACACUCAUCUGUUGAAAUGCAAGCCUUCAAAGAUGAAAAUAAUGCAUUAAAACUACAGAAUAAUGAAUUAGUCGUUAAACUGAAAAGUGAAAUUGAACAACUUAAUAAACAAUUGACAGAACAAGAAAAAUCUGCAAAUGAAAAAUUAUUAGCAUUUGAAAAACGUAUUACAGAAUUGAAUAAUAUGUUAGAGGCAGAGAAGUUGAAAUCAGCCUCAUCGCCAGCUGGUCAUCAUCAACAAGCGUGCAGUGAAGAGUUAAACAAUUUGAAGCAACAACAAAAAGCCGUCUUAGAUGAUUUGACAGAGUAUCAUAAUAAUGUUUUAUCUAAUGCUGAAUUAUGCCAUUCUGCACAAGUGGAUGAAGUCACCAGUUUACAAGCUGAUAAUAAUGAGAAUGCUAACAAUUUAUUGUUAGAAAAAAUUAAAGCACAAGAAGAAUUGUUAAAUGAACAAAAAGAACAAUUAGCUGAAUUUCAACUUCAAUAUAAAACAAUAAUUCAAGAUAAAGAAAAUUCUGAAAGUCGACUUGGUGAACUCGAAGGUAAUUUAAAUAGAAUUAAGGCUGAAUUAGCUGAAUCCAAAGUGAAACAAGAUGAAUUAUUAAUGGAGUUGAAUGGGGCACGUUCAAAACGUGAUCAAUUAGUCGAAGAGAUAUGCACAAUGCUAGGUGAUCUGUCUGUAGCCGAGAAAUCGGAUAAUCUAUCAGCAGUUCUCCAUCAACGUAUUAAUGAUUUGAAGGAACAAAUAUCAUAUCAUGAAAAGAAUCGUCAAGAUUUGCAAAAAUACUGUCAAACUCUAGAAAGUGAACGUAAUGAACUUGAAAGUGAACUGACCAGAGUGAAUGUAACUUUGAAGAAUGCAAGUGAAGUACAAUCUGAUAGUGCAUCACUGAAAGAAGAACUUGAUACUGUGAGACAAAAAAUGCUUUCAUUAGAGAAGAGUGCUUCAAAUGCAUUUGAUCAACUUGAAGUAAAGUCGAAUGAACUACAAGCCAUACAAAAUCAAUUAGAUAAAGUAUUGGCUGAGCAAAUGGAACAUGAAAAAGUGCAUAAUCAUACUAUUACAGUUUUGGAAACUGAGAAACAAGUAUUAUUGGAACGUAUUCAAGAGGCUGAAAAUCGCUUAGCUCAACAACAACAACAAUCAAAACUACCAGUACUUAACAUGAAUCAAGCAAGUCAAGAGUCUGAAAAAGUUGACGUCAAUCGUCUACUUGAAGAGAAGGCGUCAUCAGAAGCUCAGGUCAACUUUUUAAAUUCAAUUAUUGUCGAUUUACAUGCUAAAAAUGCUGAAUUAGAAUCACGAGUAAGAGCAAUGCUUGUUGGAGCAGAUGAACAUUUAGAAAAUCAUUUGUUUACAAAGUUGAAUGUGAAUAUUUGUAAUAUCAUUUGCAUACUGACUGUUAUACUGGUACUCUGACUACUACUCAAUAUGCUUAUCUUAUCUAAUUGUAUCAUCAUCAUCAUCAUAUGUUGGGUGAAAGUUUUUUUCUUUUAAAAUUGUAUAUGUAUAUAACUCACAUCAUUGUUAGUAUGUAAGUCAAUCGUUACAGUUUUAAACCUUCUUCAUCAUUUGAGGUGAAAUGGACAUGAGUUACACAUUGAGAGAAGGCUAAGAUAACCCUUUGUAGUGAAUAUCACCGAUGAUUCUCCUCCUUGUGGUGAACUGGAUCAUGUGACCGGCUGUGAGAAGAUGGGCAUAUCUUGGACUGAUAAAAAGACCCCCUAGAAAGUCUCCAUGUAGCCGAUGAUUUGUGUCUUGUUUUUUUCCCAAGAAGUCAAAGAUUUACAAGCGAAAACGAGCAAUUUGACAGAAGAGACAACGGAGACUGGAUUUCAGGUUGAUAUAGAAAAGACAAGUGAUGAAUAUACCUGGUAAACAACCAGUACCAAUUAGCAUUAGUGGGACAAAUCUAAAGGAAGUAUUCUUGUUUUCACUUACCUUGGCAGCAUGGUGUCAACCACAGACGUCACAAAUGAGGAUAUCAAAUCCAGUCAUGGUUGGGCAGGGAAAGCACGACAGACUUUCAUUACUGUGAAAUCAAUGUGAAGCGAUUUACAGCGCUCACUCAGCACAGGGAAGAAAAUGCAGAUUUUCAGGACUAAUAUUAAAUAAUUUCCCCGUAUAUAGUUCAGGGAUAUGCCACGUGCCUUACAGAAAGCAUUUGCAACAGGCUACUGCAGACUUCAAUCAACACCAGAAAGGAUAAGCAAUCUAGAAGGGGGGGACUCCGGCAAUGAACUAACCAAGAAACUACUGCUUAGUAAAUGUAUUGAGCAAGAGCAUGAAAGGGAAAAGAGAAGUUGGGUGUCUUAGGGUAACUUGAAAAGAUCAUGUGAUAAGACGAUGAUAGCGUGCUUGCAAUCAAUCGUUGAGCCAGGUGAAAAAGACUUCAGGGAAUAGAAUACAAUGCAGAUGUCGUGCUAAAGUGUAGUGAUAUGAUAAUACAUUACCAAUCUUUUAUAUUCAUCAUAGAUUUCAUUGGGUUGAAUAUGUUCUUAUUGUCAGAUUAAAAAUAAUAUACAUGAACACGUCAUUACUACGCUUGUUUACACGUCGAAUGAAUUGAAAUGAUUGAAACAGAGGUAGCUAGUUGGAGAAAUGAUUUCUUUUCCGCAAAAUAGUGGUUAACUUAUUUUAGAUUUUGUAAUUUGGGGCUUAUCAAUCCUAAGUUGCUUAUUUGAGUGUGUAUGUGUGUCUGUAUGUGAGUAUUUAUUGUAAUCUGGAGGAGACUGACAGAUUUUUAAAUUCGAAGAAUAGUCCAAACUGAGUAUUAUUCAUUAUUAAAACACAAACUUGGUACAUUAUAGGCACCUAGAGAUAUACCAUACAAAAUAUCAUAGUUUAUACGAGGGGUGGAGAAAUAUCCAUAUACCUUGACAUAAGCAGGUUGGUUGUAUUAAGGACCCCCCCCACCCGUGAAAUUUUGAUUUGAUGUCUAAUCCGAAAAGGAGUGGAGCUAUGUUUCCCAUGAUUUCUGGAGACCAAAAUAGCUUUAUACGACAUUCUAUCCUUUUGUAUUCUGGAAACUGUUUACAUCAUGGGCUUAAAUUCGAGGUUUUCCAGUUCACUGGGGUGGACCUACACAUCCACUAGUCUGGUUGUAAGCACCAGACUUUCUCACUCUCCCUUUCACUAUUGUCAGAAACACUCCCGCAGUGGGAAAACAUGGCUACAUGAGUGGAUGUUGAGAGGGAAACCGAAGACCACCGAUUGCCAUCCAAACGAAGAGUUGUUUAUGCCAGACACUCGCCGAAAGGCAAUGCAUAACAUUGAUGGAAAUUUCUUUUUCGACGAACUGUUUUACAUGCUGAACAAUCAUAUUCACAUUCAAUGGAAUAUUUAUUAUCACCAACGUAAAAUAAUGAUGGUGUAUUCUGGAAAGUGACACAUGAUAAAGGGGAUGGAAUGAAUAAAUGAAAAGUGAGAAAUUAUCAAUUUUGAAGAGUUCGUUUGUAAGAAUUAAAUUUUUCUCUCUCGAGUUUGACCACGGAUUGAUAUCAGUUAGAGAA